CAGUCUCCCUCAGAAACCACCAGGUCUGCAAGCCCACAGUGACUGAAAGAUACCACUCAGAUCUAUUUCUUCAUUUUAAUAUAGCCUUUUUCUUCCCACUCAAAUUGGGGACUCUAUCCGUAAAAUCAGAUAAAAGGUUAACAGAUUUUUCUCACCACUACCAGCAGUAUGAAUGGAAUCCAGGCUCCAGAGAGAGUUGUGUGUUUGAGCUUGUAUAAGGGUUUCGUGGGCUAAUGUCAUUCGUUGAAGUCAAUCUUUAUCUCAAGCCUCUGCUCUUGAAGCGAUUGGCGGAACCAGGGUUUUCUUUUUUUUCUUUUUCAGAAAGAAGCCAUGCAUCCUUGCUUGAUAUUAUCCACACAGGUCUGUUUUCCUUUUUCUUCUCAUGUUGACAUAUAACAUAUAUUUAUAUAUAAAUAUAAAAAUAAUAACCUUCAGACUAUACUAUUCUAUUCUACUUACUCAUCAGAUGUUGAGAUGUAACUGGGUAGCCAACCGUGAAAAGAUUAGUGCAAAUUGGUCAACCAUUUUGAUUCAAGAAUCAAGAUACUGGUAUUACACAUUACAAACAUUAGUCUUUUAACCGACAUCUCAUUUACAAGAUUUUGACAUCAUUUUGGGCUAUUUUUUUUUUGUAGUCUCCUUUAAUUUAGAGGAUAUAUCGAUUCAUUUAAUUUUUUUUCCCUACUUGGUUCAUGGGAUUUUGCUUUUCGCUACAAAGCUUCCUUCUGGUAAAAGAAAUCUUUGGAUGCUAUAUUUUUUCUUAUAUCUUGUGUAUGGAAUAAGGAUGUAUUAUAGAUCAAGAUGUAAUUGUUUGAUUUCAUCCAUUAUUUGUCCAUUAGCUUCAGAGACGUCACUGUUCAUGCAAGGACAGAAUGUCCAUUAUCCUUCUUAUUUCUUAUUGUUCUGUUUUUAUCUAGUUAUAACGGAGAAAUAUUUGAUUUUGUAUACCAUUCUCUCUUGUAAGUCUCAGAAGCUUUCAUGUACGCGAUUUGUGUAGAACAACACUCUGGUUUCUACUUUCUACCUUCAACAUGGGCUCCUAUAUAUUAAUGGCUUUCCAAUGGCCGAAUGUAGUUCAAGUAGCAGGGUAAUGUCCUAGAAUUAAUGACUUUUCAGAUAAUUAAACAAUAGACUAUUGAAUCAUGCAUUAUAUUGUUGUGGGUAUACGAAACAAAAGAUUUCUUUCCUAAUCUCAAACUUGUAGAAGAUAAAACAUACAUUUGUUAUAAAUUUAUAAGUCAAAAUGUCAUUCUAAUUAUUUUAUUCUGCAAAAAAAAAAGAAAAAAAGAAGAAGAACAUUAAAAUGGAACAAUUAGAAAAACUCCAAUUGUUUCUACUGUAAAUAAUCUAUAAAAUCCCAUGUUAAGAUAAGAUAUUAGUAAUUACUAAUUAGGAUCAACCUUCCAAUCCGAUAAAUUGUAUGGGGGUAGUGUUUGGGAAAUGAAAAAUUCAGAACUUCUUCUCAUUCCUCCUACGUUGAAAGUUGAAAGUUGAAACAAAUGUAUCUUAAACCUAAAAAAGAGACGAAAAUGGUGAAAUGAUGCAUAUCCUCCCCAACUGUACAACACUUGAAAGUGUGAAUUAAAAGUGACAGACGUGCAAUCUGUUUUACAUGAAUAUGUAGUGGAGUAGUUCUUUCCUGAAAAGUUUAUUUUGUGAAGAAGUAUAUGUAUUUAUUUAUUUAUUUAUAUUUAAAGCAGCAAUGAAUUCCCAUCUCCCGGCUUUACUUCUACUGUUAUUGCUGCAUGGGCUCUGCUAAAAGAUACAGAAACCAUGCCUCUGCCACCACCAAUUAGAAUUCGAAUAGAAAAGAAGGAGAGGUAAAAACAUAAAAAAACAUGGUAAAAGAAACUGGGGAAAAGAAGGGAGAAGAAAAAAAAAAAAAACAAAUCCUUUUAAAAUAGGAGAGAUGUAUGAUUAUAGAUUAUUAUUUCUUUUCUGUCCUUAAACAUAUUGUGUGGAUUAUGGAGGUCCAAAAUUCCUUGUUUCACAAAUAGACCUUAAUCAUUUUCUGCAAUUUUGUUGUAUUUCAACUUUGGAAAUUACACACACACACAAAAAAAAAAUGUUAAAUAACAAAUGUGAAGGAAAAAAACAAAGCAGGAAGGAACUAAAAGGAAGAAUAGUUUGCAACAGCAAUGGGGAUUCUUCUUCUUUCUUCUUUUUUGCUGACAUUUAUGAGGAAGUCUGGUCCCAUGCAUACAGUUUUCUCAUAUAAUGUAGUGGAACUGUAGGAGUCAGGAGUGGACAUGCCAGUCCGGUUCUUUAGAGAAGAGGACUGUGACUAAUUGGUAAUGGGCCCACAAUUUCCUCUGACUAAUUACUUCUAUUCAUGAAGUAAAUUUGAGCCCCAAAACUUUUUUUAUUUUAUUUUUUUAAUUUUUGCUGCACAGACCACAGAGAGCAAUGCAUAAUAAAAUAAUCUUUCAAGAGUCUAGAGUCUGGACAAGUUUAAUAUUAAAAUAUUAAAACCUUCAAUAGGCAAUAUUGUUUGCAGAAAACAACUAUAGUAAAUGGUGGGGUAGAGGGAAGUUGUGCAUUGGAGGAUUGAGAAGGUGGUCAAUCCAUGAGGUCCCGCCUACUUGGUACAUAGAUCCCAUUGGCCACGUCAUCCCCUCCACAUGGCAGAUUGGCAGAUGAUAUUGUAGGUUGUUUAGGAAAACCCACUGAUCCCAACUUGAUGUAAAUGUAAUUGAAUCAAGGCCUUUAAUGACCAGAACUAAACCCCCAUAAUUUAUUGCAUCUAAUACCACAUAAUUGGAAUAUCGUGUGUACAACCUAGCUGGCUGUAGCCUGUAGCCUGUAGCCUGUAGGGCAGCCCUUUUGAAGAUUGAAAUGCUUAUAGAUGCAUCUUCAUCGAAGACAUGUCAACACGAGCAAUCAUCUGAACUCACUCACAAUAUUCUAGAUAUGUGGUGUAUGGUGCAUGCGGUUUUAUAUUAACAAAGGAGCGAGUAGUACAGAUAAAAAAACAAACCCACCCAUUCUGUAGGCUGUAGCAACGUAGAGAGGUGAUGGGCCGGGGAAUGAGUAUAACAGUUGCGCAGGGAUCCUUAUCAGAACAAGGUUUCUUGUUGGCAUUGGAAUGGGCGUUCUAGUCAAUUCAAUUGUAAAUUUGUAACCAUUUCUAGAAGAACAAAAAUAGCCAAUGUUUAUCAGUUGUGAGUUAUCUCACUUAUCUGGGGUAAAGGGCAACCUGGUCUGGUGGUGGUGGUAUAAGAAAAGUAUUAGUGAAGAUUGCAAUGCCAAUCUUUCUCUUUGUAUGUCAGAUGGGUUUUGCAGGGCUAUCAUGUCAACAUCUUAAUUCGGAUUGGAUAACAUCCAAAUUCAAUCCGCUCCGGCCGACCCUAGUCUCCUGUUUGUAGUAUUGGUUUUCCUUGUAGAUUUCAAUAAAACAAACUUAUAUGAAUGGCUGGCUUUUCUUUCAGUUCCAUGAUCCAUCCAUAUCCGGAUAAUGGAGUCGGGUAUUGAUUGGAACCGUAUCAUGCUGCUUGGCUUGGAACUUGGAUGAAGAAAUAGAGGGAUUCAUUCUCAGCAGCUGGUCUGGUCAUUAGUCAUUACUCAUUUGUAAUUAACUAGAUUCUCAGAAAUGGAAUUAAGGGGAUCUUCUGAUAGGUUGUUUAUCAGAAACAGAAAAAGAAAAGGUCAUCCUGUCAACCACCCAUUUAAGGCCAACAUUUAAGCCUCAAAUAACAAUCUAAACUUUUCCAAAAACGGAAAAGAAAAUCUCAUUCAAUUUUUGUUGUUGUUUUUGUUUUUAUUUUAAAAUAAAGAAGACUGAGAAUCGAUGUCUCCAGCUAUUUAGUAUUUAUAAUACCCGUGAGACCCCCCACCCUCUCUAGCAUCCUUUGCCGUGUUGUACUUUGCCUCCAGUCUUCAGAGAAGGGAAAUCAAACCAUGAUUCUCCCAACCGACCUCUCUACAUUCCAUCCCGUUUUCACUUGAUACCACUUACCAGAGACAAAAGUGUGGGGUGAGUGGGUGAGAGAGCAAAAGUAAAAACAGAACAACAGAAAAGCAGCAGGCAGAGAGAUAUGAGGAGUCGAUCUACGAAGCAAGGGAGCAAAGGAGGAAUGGAAAUAGAAAGAAUUCGAAAGCUGAAAGAAGAGCCUCAGCUGUCUGGUGCUUACAUCCGUAGUCUUGUCAAACAGUUAACCUCUUCAAAAACCAAAGACCCUACUGGUAUUAACCCUACAGCCCCCGACAUUGUGGAUGGAGAUGGGUUCCCCAAAAACCUCCCAAAAUUUAAUAAUGAAGGCCCCAGUAAAACUCCACAAGUCCAUCAACCCCAACUGUCCCUACAGCCCAGAAAACAAGUUAGGAGGAGACUCCAUACCAGUAGGCCUUAUCAGGAGAGGCUGCUGAAUAUGGCUGAGGCUAGGAGAGAGAUUGUGACCGCACUUAAGUUUCAUAGAGCGGCAAUGAAACAGGCCAACGAACAGCAACAGCAGCAGCAGCAGCGGCAACAAUCACUAUCAAAUAAUCAGCAACAACAACCAUCACAAACACUCCACCCUCCACCUCAACCAUGUUUGCUACAACAAGAGAAGACGAAAUCCAGGAGAAACCCUAGAAUCUACCCGUCAGACCUCACCAAAUUCUCUACUUAUGUAGACAACCUCUCCAAUUCAUCUGUCUCAUGUCCUAGUAAUUUCUCAUGGGGCUCUCCCCCUAUUGCACCAUUUCCAACCACUGAAACUCUGAAUCUCACCUUCCCCAGGCAACCCCUUGGCCUCAAUCUCAACUUCCAUGAUUUCAAUUACUUGGAUGCCACUCUCUACAAUAAUAGUAGCACCGAUAGCAACAACAACAAUUUCAACAAUCCAUCACUCUAUUCAUCAUUAUCUUCUUCUUCUUCUUUGGAAGUACCUUUGGCUGCAAUAUCGCCGGAUACACUUCCAAUUACUGCCAACGUUACUGAUUCGGGCAUCAAGACGGGAGGCCUACAUCCUGCUAUGGAUGACGAGGAAAUGGCGGAAAUCAGAUCGAUUGGGGAGCAGCAUCAGAUGGAGUGGAAUGACAGGUUGAACUUAGUAACAUCAGCGUGGUGGUUUAAGUUCUUGAAGACAAUGGAGAUCGAUCCGGAGAGGAAAGCAGAGAGAGAAGAUGAGGGGUUUCAUUUAUUGGAUGAGGUGAUGGAAUUCCCAUCUUGGUUGAACGCAAAUGAGAACUGUAACUUACAACAGCAAUUGGAGGAUUACCGUCCAGGUCCAGGGGACUAUGUACAAGAAGAUCCUGCGUUGCCAUGCAUGGAUAUUGGAGAAAUUGAUGGAAUGGAUGGCGAGUGGAUUGUCUGAUAAGUGACACUUUCUUUUUUUUAAUCUUUUAACUUUGGUGUUUUGCUCCUAAGAAGGCUCUGCUAAGAUGUCAAAGCCGCAAGGAAGGAGAAAAUAAAUGCAAAUAAUGUAGAGAAGAAAGGAAGGAAAAAGAAAAAGAAAAGGAGAAUCGAAAAGAAGGAUAUUACCUUUCCUUGGAAUGUUUAAACGGAAUGUAUUUCUCAAGUUUUCUUUCUGUUUUUCCUUCAUGUUAUUGUAACAAAUAAAAAUACAUAAUAAUAAUAGACUUUAGGGUGAGAAUGAAAACAGCCCUUUGGGCCUUUUUGCUGGA